AACUACUCGCUCUUGACUGUACCUAUGGCCUGGUUGGUGUGUAUCGCGCCGCUCACCUAUGCCAUUCACCUCACAAGGGGCAACUACACACAAGCGGACCCCAGAACUGUGAGUACAGAUCGAGUUCGGGCAUGAGGGAAGGACGGCCUGCUCCAGAUACACUAGUGGGAGCUUGCUGAGCUUUUGUAUCCUUCUCCUCCGCCCACUACCUCCCUGCUCUCCACUUCGAGUACACGGCUCUCAUGCAAAAGAAGCAGAACAAGAGUCCCACAGACCACAAGUACCUCCGCGCUCAAGCAGCCCACCACAAUGGCAUGGAGAAUCUUGCUCUCUAUGCAGUAGCCAUGGUACUUGGUAAUCUGUCUGGCCUGCCGGCCAGUCAACUUAACAUGCUCGGACUUGGUUACCUGGUCUCAAGAUCGUUGUACAACAUCUUGUACAUCAGCAGCAGUGAUUCAGUGUGGUGGAGUCGCACUGUGGCACACUACACGGGCAUGGCUAUCAUCACCAGAAUAUUCUACACCUCGGCUCGAAUUCUGCAAUAGGUGUGCAGGAGAUCGACCCGGGUUGGAAACGAUGAUUUAGCAGGGUGCAGCAAUAGAUGGCUUUUACCAGUUUGAAGCUACAUCUCGCAUGGGAUUGCACUGUGCUAUCGCAGAAUGGUAUCGGGAUUCGUCUUACCAUUGCAUUGCGCUGCCCGUGACAGCAUUGUGACACAUCGCAUAGCAUGGGACAAGUCGAAGUGGAUGCCCAAGCC